GAGAAGAGCCGAGGGAGUCCGGGGCCGGAAGAAGCUGCGCGGCGGCCGCGGGGACGGUGCGGCGGCCGGGGUGCGGCCGCAGGAGUCCGGCCCGCGGAGGCUGGCGGCGCGGGCGCGGGGAGGGCCACUGCGUGCCCGGGAUCGCCAGUUCUUUAAAUCUGGGAUUGAUUAGACUCAAGAAAACCUGGGAAGAUGCAGCAACUCACUGCCGGAAAUCGUAGUAUCCAUAGAGACGCUGUCGGAAGUUGAGGUUGCUAGGAGGCCUGGGCGUCCGCUGAACUGCGUAAUGGCGAAAGUCCCACAAGAUUAUGACUCUGGUUCUGAUGAAAAUGAGAAGUCAGAGCCUGAGAGGCCUGUACUGUCUGGACUUCGUGAAUUGUCUGGAAAUGCCGAACCAGACACCAAGACAGAGGCAGGCCCGGAGCUACCCUCAGAGAAUGACCAAGAGCCACGGCCACCAGAGACUGAGAAAGAGGAAGAGCCAGACAUUGCAAAGAAUGUGCAGCCAGAACCAACCCGGGCGUCCAAGGAAGAAAUUCCCGAGGAGACCGAGGUUGAACUGUCUAGCCAGACUGAUUCAGGGAUCCCCCAAGUGUUGAAGUCGGAGACAUUGAGAGAGAUGGGAGAAGAACUUUACAAGGGUUUGGAGGCACCUGUGGAUGAAAUGCCUGAGGAACCACACCUAGAGCCACAAGAGGAGGCUAGCUCAGAUGUUACAGAGGAUGUCCUCACAGAAUCAGAUUCAGAAACAGAUAUACAGCUACCAAAGGAAACCAAGUCUGAGGUUCCAGGAGCCACAAUCAGUACGACAAGAUUAGAGUUCCUAAAGGAGGUUCCGGAGGAAUCACUUAAAGAGCAGUAUAAGGAAACAGGCCUAGAACCUCCUCCAGAGCAGUCCAAACUAGAUUUUUCAAAUGAGAAACCAAAGAAAUCAGUUGAAGAGACAUAUCUACAACCAACAAAGAUGACUGAACCAGAGAUCCCAGAGGAGACACAAAGAGAGUCAACUGAGCAGACUAAACCAGAGUUUCCAGACCAGAAACCAAAAAAGUCUACUGAGGAAGCAGAUCUAGAACCUCCAGAAGAAACUAAACCAGAAAUUCCAGAGGAGAUGCAAAGAAAGUCAACUGAGGAGAAAGUUCUAGAGGCACUAAAAGAGGUCAAAUCUGAGCUUCCUGAGGAAGAAUUAAGAAAAUCAAUUAAAGAAACAAGUCUAGAGCCAUCAGAAAAGACCACAUCAGAAGUUCUGAAGGAAACAAAAAGAAAGUCCACUGAGAAAAAGAUUCCAGAAAUAGCAGAAGAGACAGGUCUAGUACUACCACGGGAGAUCAAACCAGAUGUUCAAGAGGAGACACAAAGACAGUCAACUGAGGAAAAAGUUCUAGAACCAACAGAAAACACUAAACCAAUAGAUCAUAAAGAGAAGCAGAAAAAAUCAAGUGAGAAGAUAGAACUGGCACCACCAGAGAAGUCUGAAUCAGGGAAAACAAUAAGAGAGUCAACUGAGGAAAAAAGUCUACAGCCCCCAGAGCAGUCUACAUCAGAGUUUCCAAAGAAGAAACCAAGAAAAUCAAUUGAGAAAACAGGUCAAAUGCUACCACAGAAGACCAAACCUGAAGUUCAAGAGAAGAGACAAACAAAGCCAACUGAGGAGAAAAAUCGAGAGUUACCCAAUAAAACAAAACCAAGAAAGCCACAUACAGAAUUUUUCAAAGAAGGACCAGAAUCAAUCAAAUCUAAGUAUUCUAUGGAGAAGGAUCAGCUAGAACACCCUAAGUAUCAAACAAUGAAAGUGUCAUUGGAAGAAACUGACACAACUUUUAAAGAAGACUAUGCAUCUAGACUUCUUACACAAAGUGAAGUGGAGUCAACUAGUACAGAUUAUGAGACUCCCCAAGAACUUCACAAAAUGCUUCAGCUUAAUGAUAUCAAUGAAUUCUUAAACCUCCCAAAGACUCAGACAGACUUUAAGAAGCCCUUUAGUGAAGAGAAAGUUACAGAUUUAGGCCAAGAGUUGAAAGAAACAGUACCUUCAGAUAAAUCCCCACCAGAAAGAAAAGAGAUGGAGUUCCAAUUUGAAUAUCUUAAAUGGAGCCCAGAGAAUGUUGCAGAAUGGAUUAGCCAGCUAGGCUUCCCUCAAUACAAGGAGUGUUUUACCACAAACUUCAUUAGUGGCCGAAAACUCAUCCAUGUAAAUUGCUCAAACCUCCCUCAGAUGGGAAUAACAGAUUUUGAGGACAUGAAGGUGAUUUCUCAGCAUACACGGGAGCUACUGGGAAUUGAAGAGCCAUUAUUCAGCCGCUCAAUCAGGCUUCCCUAUAGGGACAAUAUUGGCCUAUUUUUAGAGCAAAAAGGUCAUACUGGGGUAAAAUCUGAUUCCUUGACCUUCUCUGAAUUUGUCAAAGCAGCAGGAUUACAGGAUUAUGCUCCAGAAAUAACUGCCCCUGAAGAGAAUAAGGCUGUUAACAUUGCAGAAAUGUAGAGGAAAGGCAUUUCACUUACACUGAAAGAUCAAACUUAAUUACUUGGAAGAAGACAUGUGGCCUUUUUCGUUUUUCUUCUUUUCUUUCUCAUUAAGGAUCAGAGUUAGAACUGCUGGCUCCAUUCUUAGUUCUUUGACUCACUACACCUUCCCUUUAUUUGUGUUUCAAUUUAGUACCUCCUUAAAACAAAGACGGCAAUUCUUAUCUUCUUGGAUAAUUGUGAGAAUUCCUGAUAUAUUCUAAUAAUAUACCUGGGUAGUAGGAACAUGUUGGGGAAAUAUAACUAAAAAUAAAAUCUUCCAGUCUAGAUAAUCCUCUACACAAAUGUAGAAAAGAAGCCAUUUAUUACUGAAUAAGCAGUAAACUGCUAUCACAUCAUAGACAAGUUGUCCAAGAGAUCACAAAGGCAAAAACAACUCGCACUUUAAGAUAGCAAGACAGAUACAGUCUAUUACAUGCAUGUUAAUUAUCUGUAUCUAAUGGCAAAAUAAAAUUUCUCGUAUCUUGAUCACAAAUAGGAAGCUACUACUUGGACCAGCCCCCACAGAGAAAGGAGACAGGGUACCAUCUGUCUCAAUACUUGUACAUUCAAAAAGAUGGCUCCAAGGCCUUUAAAAGGACUGUCCUGGGGUAUAAAACUGGCAAGAGGGUUAUUUACCUUUUAAAAAAAAUUUACAUAUAUCUUCAAAGUAGACAAAGGAUUUGCAAUUGUGUUGUCUAAAGGAAAUAACUUUAGGAAAGAGGAGAGAGAAGGUUCUCUUUCCCUUUUGGCAUCAUAGAAAAAAAGUUUUUCUUAGAUUUGUAUACAUUCUUAAAAACAACAUGACUUACAGAAGUACCACUGACUACCAAAAGGGUUUGGGGUUUACUUCAAGGCAAUUUUAUGUGGGAACUUCCAGAUCUUUAUAAAAUGAAAUUCAAGCUAGACUCUACUUAUGACUGGACUUCUCAAAAGAAAUUAUUAAAUGUUUCUUACCUGAAUGAUUCCUGUUCCCCUCCAGUUUUACAGACAUAACUGCUCUUUCUCUCCUGGUCUCACUUCUUAAUCCUAACAAUCACUAAAGUGCUAAUACAAUUCAGAAAGGCACCGAUGUACUUUUUCCAGUUCACUACACCUAAACACAUAGUAAAAGGAAUAGUUCUUUUUUUUCUUACUGAAAUAAGGAGCAGUGCCUCAAAUUAAUAUCAUACUAUUAGUAUUUGAUGAUGAACCUUAAUUCUUCCCAAAAUAGACUAAGAAGUUUUAUCAGAAACCAUUCUAAAGCCAUAACAUUGGAUUUGCCUGACUCACAAUUAUACAAAAAAAAGUAAGUGAUUAAUUUAAGAGCAAGGUGAAUUUCAUAUAUAAUGAAUGAUUUUGUCUAGAAGCACUUUAGCAUUUGGAAAACAGUAGUUCUGUUUAGUGAUAGAGUGUAGGAAGUGAAACUUGAUGGUAUCGCUACUAUUGUUUUCAACUCUACUAUAGUUGACAAAGUGUAUUUGUAAAACAUAAAGGAAAUAAACAAAUUUGCACUAUAGAAAUAAGAUCUAUAUUGUACAGUUAUUUUUAACCAUUUAAUAUAAAUGCCAGGUUUUGUGGUUUUGUUUUUUGGUACUGGGGAUCAAACCCAGGCCUCACACAUGUAAGUAAAUGCUCUUCCACUGAGCUACAUCCCCAGCCC